AUGUUUGGAUAUGCUCGUCAUAUCCGUCAUAUGCUCUUUCAGGAAGUUAUCAGUUGAACACAUUACACACAUUUGUCUCCUUGCAGCAUAUGUCUGGUUCACAGACUCUCUGCCGAAUAUUAUUCCCAUAACUGAGAAUGGAACUAUCGAUGACAGAGUUCUGCACUUUGAAGCAAAGCUGAGUGUUGUCUGUCUGGUCAACGUGAAGUUUGGCGAGAUGUGGCUCUACGGACUUUUGCUACUUUCCCUUUCCUUCUGGACGUCCCAUUCAAUGUUUAAAAUACCUUUAAAAAUGUUUGCGGGGAAAUUCAACGCGUCUGUGCAGCUGGACCUCAAGCCUUUGCGAAAGAUUGAAAGCGCAGUGGAGAGCGGACUUUCCCUGGCUUCGGAUCCAGCUGGGAUUGUCAACUUUCUGGACAUGAUCAAUAAUUUAAAAGGAGACUCUGGUAGGGGAUAUUACAUGCAGAUGGUCAUUGGGACGCCGGGACAAACGUUGAACAUCCUGGUUGAUACUGGAAGCAGCAACUUUGCUGUAGCUGCAGCAGCACAUCCCUACAUCAUACACUACUUUAACAGAGCACUUUCCAGUACAUAUCAGAGCUCCGGGAGUGGAGUUGCAGUAAAAUACACACAGGGAGAAUGGGAGGGGGAACUGGGAACUGACCGGAUCACCAUUCCUCAAGGGCCCAGUGGUACCAUCACUAUCAACAUAGCCGCAAUCAUCUCCUCAGAAGGCUUCUUUCUGCCUGGAAUCAACUGGCAGGGAAUUCUUGGACUUGCAUAUCCUUUGCUGGCUCGGCCUGAUCCAUCAGUGGAGCCUUUCUUCAACUCUGUUGUGAGACAGACCAGCAUUCCAGAUGUGUUUUCUCUCCAGAUGUGUGGAGCAGGAGUGUCUGCCAGCACUACAGCUGACCCGGCGGGUGGCAGUCUGAUCAUGGGAGGAGUUGAGCCAACGUUGUUCCGAGGUUUAGUUUGGUACACACCAGUCCUAGAAGAAUGGUACUAUCAAGUGGAAGUCUUGAAGCUUGAAGUUGGAGCCCAAAAUUUAAACCUAGACUGCAAAGAGUACAACUCGGAUAAAGCCAUUGUGGAUAGUGGGACGACUUUACUGCGACUUCCUGGAAUUGUGUUUAGUGCUGUGGUGGAGGCCAUUAUGCAAUCAUCACUGAUUGAGGAUUUCUCGGCUGGAUUUUUUGAUGGCACCAAGCUUGCAUGUUGGAUGAGAGGCGAAUCACCAUGGAGGCUUUUUCCGAAAAUCUCAAUCUACCUCAGAGCAAUGAACACCAGCCAGUCCUUCCGCAUCACCAUUCUUCCACAGCUAUACAUCCAGCCAGUCACCAGUAUUGAUGGCACAUUGGACUGUUUCCGUUUCGGAAUCUCCCAGUCAGCAAAUGGCUUAGUCAUUGGAGCCACAGUAAUGGAGGGCUUCUACGUCAUCUUUGACCGUGCACAAAAGAGGGUGGGCUUUGCUGUUAGCACUUGUGCAGAAAAAGGUGGUGUGCCAUUUGCAGAGCUCGCCGGGCCCUUCCUAGCUGAGGACACUACGUCAGACUGUACAAGUGGCAUGUCUCUUAGGGAGCCGGUGAUGUGGGUGAUGGCAUACGGUUUGAUGGGCAUAUGUGCCUUGGUUCUGAUCGUACUCCUCAUUUUGCUCAUACUGCCUUGCCGACGGAACAGAGAUGGUGAGAUUACAGAUGAGUCCUCGCUGGUGCGGCAUCGCAUCAAGUGACGUCAGGCGUCAAUGGAAGAUGAGGAGGCACCAAAUCAGCAAAACAGGGCUGAAGGGAACUCAGAGCAGGUAACGGGGGUGAACACACCACACUGAGCUCUGGUGCGAUUUCUGCCAGAUCACAUUUAUUCCUGUUUGUCUGGGUGGAAGAUGUUGGGAUUUGGACAUUUGUUGACGCUUAACUACUGAAGAAUGAAGGAAUCGUGAUUAUACAUGUGAUUUAAAAAAAGAAUAUCAGUAUGACAUUACAAGUGGAGUAAAUGUUGAUGUUGAUGCUCCAGUGUUUCUCCAAUGUAUGCUGCCCUUUUUAUAGUCUUCAAUGUAAUAGUGUUAAUAAAACUGCUGGAAACAACAAUGGGUUCUCAGGGGCCUAAAUGAGGUUUAUGGUUCAAUGAAGUAUGUUUAUUUACUGUUCUUAUAUAGAGGCUAAGGCUUCCUUUUAGUUGUCCCUACUAGCAGUGCACUGAAAGGAAUAAUUCACCCAAAAAAGAAGUUUGUCAUAUUCCUCUAUGCAGUUCCAAACAUGUAAAAUACGAAUUAUUCACAUAGCAUGAUGCUUCUCUUGCUUAUAUAGUACAAUGAAAGCAAAGAACGGAUGGUAUUGUAUGGCUUCAGAAGACUUGUAAUGUAGCACAGAAGCUGUAUGAACUACGAUUAUAUUGUUUGUUUGUUUUUCUUUUCAUAAAGCAGUUUUCUGAUGUGACCUGUAUUCAGGAACUUCUGACGAAAACGAACAAUGCACAAUAAAAUAAUAAACCUGAUUUCACAUUUCACUGGGCAAAGACUGCAGGAGAGUUCAUUGUUCCUUCCACUUAAAGUUCACUCAGACAGUCUGUAUGACACAUUUAUAGAAUAUUGAGUGAAUUAAUUGGGUAAUUCAUUCAGUAAGUGUGUGUACAAGCAAAUGAGUGCGUGAAAUCUCCAUUCAGACUUCUUCAUGAACAAAUGAUUCACCAAAAAAUGGUUCUCUGAAUAACAAUGCAGACAUGUAUGUACAGGUGGCUAAUCAGAGGUCUGUAAACUGGGUUUAUAUGAAAGGUGUUCAUUGAGUUUCGAGGUCUGUGCAAUUGGCAUUGCUCAAGGAUUCGGUGAGAGAGAGUUUGGAGAGAGCGGUAUAAGUUUGACAAGUAAUGAAAGGCUGUAACGGAAAGGUAUUUCGUAAGGCCCUUAUAUGGAAAUGCUUUGGGCAUGUUUUAUGAAAAUUACUAACUUUAUGUUCACAGCUGCUCAUUUUUAAUACUCCAAAUUCACUAACAUUAGAAAGAGGUUAAGAACAAAUUGUUGUGCAUGCACACGUUUUGUGAAUUAAGUGGAAAGUUUUUCUGAGAAGUUCGAAAUGGCAUAUAAUUAUGCUUAAGCUAUGCAAUUAUUAGUGAAAGAGACCAAUUGUUUCAUUCCAUUAUGUUUGGUAUCAUUUUAAAUGGGUCUGUGUGAUUGGUACAAUGAUGUCUUUCUUAUAAGAUCAGAUCAGAAUAAUCAAGAUUUUUAAAAAAUUGGGAAACUCUUCUCUGCUUUGAAGUCUGUGUAAUAUCUACCCUUUAUUAAAAAUAAAAUUUUGCCCUAGA